GCACUGCUAAUGCUGCUUUAGUUUAGGGAGCAGUGUUUGUUUUAUAUUUCACAAAAGUAGGUCACAGCUGCCCUCACUUCAUGUAAGAGGAGGUCCAUGUAUAACUCUGAACAUAUGGAAAGCAGAGGGAAAACAAUCCUCAGCGCCUCUACAGACAGACCAGCACUGGAGGCUAGCUUACAGUCAAGCUACAUGAGAAGAGGAAAAAACACUUAGCUAAAGUGAGUGAAUGUUGGACCUAAACUCAUCAGGAUAACUGAAUCUAUGACUGAAAGCACUCUCUGUCUGCUGAACAAAUAGGUGGCGCCUGUCUCCUUGUCCAUAGCUGGGGACCACACAUUGUAAUGCAGCUCUUCUCUCAGUGGCUCAGUUUGCUCUUUGUCUAGACUUCAGGUUACACAACUGUGGUUUUGAACUGUCACCUGAGACUGUCCAGGAGGACUUCUGCCCAGCGGCCAUGUUUCUCUACCUCCUGGGGCUGGUGGUCUUCUACUACCUGUACCGCUGGGUCAGGGAGCGACCCAGGGUCCCGGACAAGGGCAACAAGUAUGUCUACGUCACCGGCUGCGACAGCGGCUUCGGCAACCUCCUGGCCAGGCAUCUGGACAAGCAGGGGUUCAGAGUCAUCGCCGCUUGUUACACCGAGAAAGGGGAAGAGGAUCUGAAGAAGUCCUGCUCCAGCAACCUGAUCACGACCCACCUGGAUGUGUGCUCGAAGGACAGCGUUGCUAAAGUUGCAGAAAUGAUCAAGGGUAAAGUUGGGGAACGAGGCUUGUGGGCUGUGGUGAACAAUGCAGGCGUGUCCGUUCCCUCCGCCCCCUGUGACUGGCUCACCAUCGAUGACUACAAGUCCAUGCUGGAUGUGAACCUAAACGGGGUCAUCGCUGUGACCCUGAGCGUCCUGCCGCUAAUCAAGAAGGCCAGAGGAAGGGUGGUGAACGUCGCCAGCGUGUUUGGCAGGAUCAGCCCCACUGGUGGCCCCUACACUGUCUCUAAGUACGGCGUGGAGGCUUUCAAUGACAGUCUCAGGUUAAAUAUGGAACCCUUCGGCGUCAGAGUCCUCUGCAUUGAGCCGGGGUUCUUCAAAACAAACGUGACAGAUGUGGGUAUUCUGAGCAAAAAUGUCAAAACAUUGUGGGAGAAGAUGCCCCAGGAAGUCAGAGACGACUACGGAACUGAGUAUCUGCAAAAAUCAUUGGCUGUAAUAUCCGACAAAGUUGCAAAGAUCAGUGACGGAGACCUGAUGAAGGUGGUGAGCUGCAUGGAGCACGCCAUAUCCGCUGUCCGACCCCGCUCUCGCUACUCCCCAGGCUGGGACGCCAAGCUGUUCUGGCUGCCGCUCUCGUACAUGCCCAGCUGUGUUAGCGAUUACAUCUUUGGCAAAGAGGCCAUUCCUAUCGCCAAGCCAAGAGAAUAAAGUGUUUUUAUGUGUCUGUGUGAAUUUUAUGCAGUUAAACCAAUGCAUUCACUACCAAAGCUUUAUUUCUGUGCACUUUAUAUAACCAAUAUUAAAACAAUCAUGAUCCGGG